AUGGCGCGCGAGUACAAUACGCGACACGAAACAACGCACACGUCGAUAGGCGACUCCUCGCUGUCGGACUUUGACCCGGAGCAUGAAGCCCUUGUUUCGACUAGGCAGCUUGAUAACAGCGAUAAAGUCUCUGACCAACAAGGCAGUGUACAAGGAAGUUCAAGGAAGAAUCGCACCUCCCCGCGUCAAGAGCCAGACUACGCUAUCAAUACGUCCGCCAUCGAGCGAGCGUUUCCAGAAUUUUCCGAUGUCGAGAGUGAAGAAGAGGAAGAAGAAGAUGAUGACAUUUCAAUUGAGGUGGGACGAGGGUCUAAGAAACCUGAAAAUCGACUGGACGAUUCUCGCAACUCAAUGAUGAGCAUUGAGAACAGUGUGCGCUCGUCUUCACCGGCCGUUAGAGUCGACUAUCCUCCUUCUUCGCACACGCCCCCGAAGUCUGCACUGCGCAGCUCCUCAAAGCGAGUGAAUAGUUCCGACAAUCUCCGCAAGGAUGCUCAGAUCAGGCGCGCGAGUCAGGCACAGAAGGAGAACGUCGACCCGCAGCCAAGCAAAUCAAAGAAUUCAACCGUUUCUGGGACUCGCAGUACUGAGCAGCGGCGUACUCUGUCGGAGAUGCAUGCAAAGGUUCGCGAGACAUAUGAGGGCUCAUACAUCAGUGAUGAGAGACCCCAAAACAUCUCGGUAAACGCACGAACAACCCGCUUCGGAUACAGAGACGUCUCGGCUCAGGUCGCGGCGGCCGUGGACCAAGCUUCUCGCGAAGCCCUCUUAAAGGAAGGUCGUCGCGGGAAGCUUGCUGCGAACUCGCGGAAUGUCCCUGCCAACGGGACAUACACGACAAAUACAUUUCCUGAUACUACCGCCCACCACUCGUUUCUUCUCCCUGACCUGCCAAACCUUUCGGAACUCGUCUCCGGAGUCUAUGAGGAUGGCACACCCGUUUUCCCCCGCCAGAGCAAAUCGCGGACUACGCGUUUUGUCUCCCCAUCGGGUGGAGCUGCAGAUCUCUCCCAGACUCAGGAUCAUCUGCCGGUUGACUCGGUACCCAUUCCAGAAGACGAGAAGGCCCUGUUCGUUUCUUUGAAACUCCUUCAGGACAAAGUGGCGGAUUUGGAAUUCGCUAAGUCCGAAGCCGAGAGGAAAUUGGAUGCUGUUCGACAGGAAAAUGCGUUGUUGAAGGCUGAGAAAUCUCGUCGCCAAAAAGAGCAAUAUGAUCGCCUAAAGACGGGAGACGAAGAGGAUCAAGGAAGAAGCAGCAGAAGGUUGCUGCAAGAGAAAAAUAGGUUGGAAGCGGCGAAUUUGGCUCUGCAGAACAGCCUUGACAUCGCGGAGCGAAAGAUUCAAGUUCACGAAACGACGCUUAAGAACUUGUCGCGUGAGCGAGAUUCGGCCGUGUCUCAGUUGGGUGUCGCUUAUCUCAAUGCUCAGGACUACAAGAAGGAGAAUGAGGCAUUGCGGAGAGAGAACGCAGAGCUGAGGGCUCAGCUUGCGAAGUUGACUUCGUUAUCUCAGAAACUGGGAGGUUACGAAGGCGACACUCGUGAUUCAACGAAUCAGAAGCAUUGGGAGGCAGAUGCCAUGGCAGCUGAUAACAACGAUGACAGCCAAAUCCAUACCCAGCGCAGUGUCGAGUCGACCCGACGCGGUCGCGAACAGUCCAGAAACCAGGAUCGGGGCUCAAGGGCCGCACCGCCGGAGGCUAGGAUUUCCAGCCAAAUUGAGAAGGAGAUUUCCAAGAUCGAGAAAGAAAGGCAGGAUGAGGAAUUGUUCUCCCUCAACCUGUCUCAACCUACCCGCGCUUCCACACAUCUGAAAUCUUCUCAGUCUCCCGGUCAUGCCAAGACAGAAAGUGCUGAGAGCAAGAAACAGCCAAAUACCGGCAAGCAACGAGUUAAACGUGUGAUCGUUGAGGAAACCAACACGAGCGAGCCUCUUGACGUGAACUUAGAUAACUUGACGGAGGACGCUCGAAACCAAGCUUCCGCCGACCAGGACGUGACGUUUUUGAGCUUUAUUGAUGCUCGUGAGAUAGCUCAGCUCCGCAAGACCCUCGAAGAAGAGAGGGCAGCCCGGAAGCAGCGACAGUCUUUGUCGAAGGAAGUUGCCGCCAAUGCAUCUGUCGGACCCAGACGUCAAUCUGGACAGGUCUCUGAACAUUCACGGAAACCCUCACUGAAGGAGACCAAGGAAAAGGUGCCCCGACCUUCAUCAGCGAUCGGUGAGACUACGGCUACUGGUAAAAUCGACUUGGAUGGGCAGGAUGAUCAAGCGGCCUCUGAGCGCCGAAGACGCCAUUCCGACAAUUCUAUUCCCACCCACAGCCGGCGUCGAAGGCCCACGGCGGAGAUGACAUCUGCCUUUAUUCUUCCUGACAUUACGCUUCGUUAUGCAGACUCAGAAGCCCAUCCAACUGCAAAACUUUCUGAAUCCGCGCAGAAGGUGUUGAAUAGCGUUGCUCGACAUGAUGGGAAGAAUUGUACAGUGUGCAAACGUCUACUCCCUAACGGGGCCUCUCACGACCACGAGCAUGGAGACAAUCGGAAGACUAUUACGAUUCCUAAGCCCGUUCCAGUCUCACAACGCAUGCCUGAGCCAUCCGCUUACAAUGAGGAACCCACCAUGCGCCCAUCACAGCCACCUGCACUCGCCCUUGCAACGGUGCUCAAGAGCUUGGAAGAUGAACUGGCACAUCUCAAGAUGCAGCUUGCAACUUAUCAGAGUGCCUACACUAAGCAUGACGCAUCGCUCAGCAAACGGCAGAGGAAGUCUCUGUCCAAAAGAAUCGAGAAAUUGUUGAAGGAAGUCGACACAAAAGCAGAUCAGAUCUAUGCGCUGUACGACGUCCUUGAGGGACAGAAGCAAGAUGGCCACGAGAUGACCGAACAUGAAGUGGAAGUGACUCUCCAGUCGAUUGGAAUUGAUAUCAAUGCAGGAAGAACGGCUGAUUUGACUGGCGCAACGGAUGAGUCAACUCGCAAGAAAUCUGAGGCCCCUGAUGACACUGAAGAUGUUGACGAUGAAUUGCCCUGGGAGGGGUUUGAGAGCACCGUUGAGGUAACUGGCCGAAGUGUUGAAAGCGGACGGAAUGACUAG